UAGAAAAAUUAUAUAUUGGUUUAUUUUGGAAUAACGAUUAGCUAGCACAUCCUAUUCAUCAUCAUCAUCAUCAUCAUCAACUCUACUCUUAUACCAUAAUUUGACUUUUUACUCUCCUACCACAACCUUGCGUGCCGGCUACUAGCUACCACAUAAAAAUCAAUGCAUCCAAAUCUUCUUCGGUCUCCUCUAUCAUUGUUCCUCGUUAUCUUCUUAACCUUGUACAAUAAUGUCUACUCAGGAGAUUAUCUUGACUCGAGAUAUGAAAUGUGCAUGUCUAACUCAAGCAGUACUUGUGGAACAUCACACCUUAAAAUUGCUUACCCUUUUUGGGGAAAUGGACGCCCUGAAUAUUGUGGCCAUCCGAAUUUCAACCUUUCUUGUGAUGGUAAUACUUUGAAAAUUAACAUCAUGUCUCAGGUGUACAAUAUGAUUGACAUCAAUUAUAACACUAGCACCUUGAGGAUAGUUCAUGAAGAAUUUUCGCGUAGUGAAUGCCCUGGAUUAGGAGAGUUGCACAACACUACCUUGGAUUUGGCCCUUUUCAACUACACUUCCAAUGUUAGAAAUGUUUCUUUGUAUUAUGAUUGUCCAAAGUUGAAACCUCUUGAGGGAGCACCCUUUACCUUUUCUUGUGAGCAAAGGUACCCAAAUCGCCUUUCUUUCUUUGUGAUCACGGAUAGAUGGGAGCAUGAACUUGGAAAAAUAUGUGGCAUGAAGCUAUAUGUACCCGUCUAUAAAGAUGCAUUAAAUGAUUUGAUUUCUCAUCAUUCAUCAGGAGUUGGCGAUGUUUUAAAGACAGGUUUUGAGGUCAGAUGGGUUAUUGAUCAAGGUCAAUGCCAGGAUUGUACUCUUUCAGGUGGAGCUUGUGUGUACAAUAUGACUUUAAGUCGGUCAACUUGCUUUUGCAGUAGUGGAUUGUAUCCCACAGUCUGCCCUCAAUCAAUUGAUCAUACACCAAGUAAAGGCUUGAGCCUAGAAGCUAAGGUUGGAAUAGGAAUUGGAGUAGCUUCUGGCUUUCUCCUUGUCGUGAUUACAUUGUUUGUGUUUGUACGAGGUAAACAACAUUACCAUUCAUCGUCAUUCUUUACCUCCCGGAAAACCUCUCAGUUAUCAAUAGCACCUGAUGAAGAACAAAGUUCAUACUUUGGAGCUCAGUUGUUCACUUAUAACGAGCUUCUACAAGCCACAAAUAACUUUGAACCUUCUAAAGAACUUGGCAAAGGCGGAUUUGGCACUGUAUACCAUGGAGUAUUGCAAAAUGGCCGAGAAGUGGCAAUUAAACUGUUCUAUCAGAAGCAGAACAAACAUGUAGCCCAAUUCAUGAAUGAGCUUGAGAUCCUUACUCGAUUGGAUCACAAACAUCUUGUCAAACUCUAUGGAUGUACCACUCGUAGGAUCCCUGAGCUCAUGCUUGUAUAUGAAUACAUCCCAAAUGGCACAGUUGCAGACCAUCUGCACGGACAGCAAGCAAAAGUGAGAUCUCUUCCAUGGCCUAUUAGGCUAAGAAUUGCAAUAGAAACCGCAAGUGCUUUAGUAUACCUUCAUUCCUCUGAUAUUAUUCACCGUGAUGUCAAAACAAAGAAUAUCCUGCUUGAUAAUAAUUACUCUGUCAAGGUAGUGGAUUUUGGCCUGUCACGUUUGUUCCCCUUGGAUGCAUCCCAUGUAUCAACAAUGCCACAAGGAAGCCCAGGUUACCUUGAUCCAGAGUAUCAGCAAUGUUACCAGUUAACAAAUAAAAGCGAUGUUUACAGUUUUGGAGUUGUUUUGGCUGAGCUUAUAUCAGCAAAGCCUGCAGUCGACAGAAACAGAACUCGACAAGAAAUCAAUUUGUCAAGUUUGGCUAUCAACAAGAUCUUAAAGCAUGCUUGGAUCGAGCUUAUUGAUCCUAAGCUCGGGUUCAAAAAGAAUUCUAAGGUGACGGAGGAAGUAAUCGCUGUGGCUGAUCUCAUUUUUCAAUGUCUUCAAGCUACCAGUGAAACAAGGCCUUCUAUGGAAGACGUUCUGAAAUGUUUAACAAGAAUUCAAGAUGAAAAGAGUAUUAAUGUAAGUGAUGAUUUAAUUUCUUCUGUAAAUGGUAGUGAAGUUUGCGAAAUCAACAAGGCUGAAUCUACUCAAAUUGACAGUAGUUAAAACUAAUUCACAUGUUUCUGUACCUGUAAACUAAUCAUCUGAAACAGAAACUAUGAGAAUGUAAAGGAUCAUAUUUUAUAUUUGGAGCAUAGAUUGUACAUUUGUACUGCCGACCUAAGUUUGUACAAAUUUGUUGGUAAAAUUUGUGGAAGAAUGUUCUACAAUUGA